AUGGCGCGAGUCUCAGAUCUCAUCCGAGACUCGAGGCUAGAGACAUUUUUCCUUCCCGACUGUAGUGUGGAAACCGUCCAUACUUCCCGAGAAUCAGACAUCACUUCACGCAGGCGUGUUGUUGCUAGAUCAGAACACUGGAAACGACUUUCUAAAAUUGGAGGUGGCGCAUAUGGAAGUGUUUGGUUGGAGAAAUGUAUCAAAGACAGUCAUCAGCGCAACAUACACGCUCUAAGAGCCGUGAAGCAGAUUGACCUCGACUCGCGACUUGGCCCUAUCGACUAUAACCGCGAGUUGGAAGCUAUCGCCAAGUUCUCGCACGCUCGGUAUGUGCGAUGCUUUGUUCGGUCAUUUGGGUGGUACGAAGGCCCAGAUCAACUGUUCAUAGCAAUGGAAUAUCUCGAAUUGGGUGAUCUGUAUCAACACUUGUACGACAAACCACCCCUUCCAGAACGUGAGGCAAAGGAGAUUGCCUUUCAAAUAUUGGAAGGUCUGGAUAUGAUGCAUGAAAACGACUUUGCUCACCGAGAUCUAAAGCCGAGAAACAUUCUUAUCAAGGCGCGGCCUCCGGAUGACUGGUGGAUUAAGAUCGCGGAUUUUGGUAUCAGCAAGCGCAUUGAGGACGGCCACGGCCAAACCUCCAUUCUAAGGGGUACCCCUGGAUAUGUUGCCCCCGAGCUUUGGGGGUUCAUAGAGCGAGGCAGUGUAUAUAUGACUGACAUCUGGGCUACCGGAGAGAUUGUUUUUGAGAUACUUGUCAAAAAGCAGCCAUUUGCACACCUAGGGCUGCUUUCGUCAUAUGCAAACCAGGGAACAUUUCCAUCAGGGCUGCUUGUCAAUGCUGGUGUCAGUCGCGAUGGCAUCGAUUUCGUUUCUUUACUGAUGAAGGCUCACCCCAAAGACCGCUGCACGGCUAAGGCGGCUCUAUCUCACAAGUGGCUAGCAACAAUAGCAAUCCCAGCUUCAGAGGGCCCUGAUUCCGAAGCGUACAGUCCAGGAGAGACCAGUGACUUAAGUCCGAUACCCGAAUCAAAGUCAUUUACGGUAGAAUUGAUGACCCAAGAGUUCGCUUCAUGGGACACGGAAGAGCUUUCACAAAAGACGAUUCAACCUCGCAAAUCAGAUCCUCAUAUAACAGCGUUUUUGAAUUACGAGCAGUCCACAUCAAGCAGCACUGAUUUGAGCCCCCAUAAAGGAGAUAAUGCCACCAUGACCCCCUCGAGUUACAGUCCGACUGCCUCCAAAAGUAGCAAUGCUUUUGAUGAGCCUCAGAGCGCUACGGACCAGGCCGUUACUGACCCCAACAACCGCGCCAUCUCUAGGAAGCCUGUUGCCGCGAAUAACAACCCAACACGAUCACCAAACUUCUCUACGUUCGACGAUAUCAUCCCCAACGGUGAACUCAAUUAUUCACCCGGAAGUGCCAACUUCGAGGACCGCAGAAAUCCUACAUCGCCACCAUCGAAGACAAGCCUAUCUUUAUGGUGGUGGAAAAAAUUCCGAGCGGGUGCCCAGAGAGUCGAACCCAAAGACGAAGGACCUCAUGGUGUUUUUGGUGUGCCGUUAGAUGCUAGCAUUAAAUACGCAAAUGUUUCUCUCUCCGUAGUGAGUGAGGAUGACGGUGCUAUCAUUAUUGGUUAUGUGCCAGUCAUUGUCGCAAAGUGCGGCGUGUUUCUCAAGGAGAAAGCCACCGAGGUCCAAGAUAUCUUCAGGCUCAGUGGAUCAUCCGAGAGAAUAAAGAACCUCGAACUGAGCUUUGAUAGCCCGCCGAGAUAUGGGAAAGGCCUAGAUUGGACAGGCUAUAAUGUUAAUGACGUUGCGAAUCUACUUCUUCGGUACUUGCUUCAACUACCCGAGCCAGUAAUUCCACUGAAGUUCAGCAAGGAAUUUCAAGAGCCCCUGCGCCAAUUCCAACAGGAUCCAAGUCACUCGUCUGGUCGUGAAGUAUUUGACAAGAUAGUCAAGACCUACCAACUCUUGAUCACCCGGUUACCGGAUCACAGCAGACUGCUGCUUUUAUACAUACUUGAUCUUCUUGCCGUUUUUGCUUCCAAGUCGGACAAAAACCGAAUGACAUCAGAACGCCUCGCAUUAAUUUUUCAACACGGGCUAUUGGCUUCUCGACCAUCCAACACGUACUAUGAAAAUACCGAUAUACUGAAUCGGGACGUGUUGAUUUUCUUAAUCGAGAACCAAGAUCGAUUCCUGAUCACCAUAAUCCCGACUGCGCAUUCUGAAAAGCAGAACGAGGUAGUUCAUGAAGAGCAUGAAUCCGGAGAGCAGGUGUUUCGAUCCCCCGACCCGGAAGGUGGCUGGUAA